AUGCUUCUGCCUGCACAUGAUUUGCAACCUUCACCCCUGCGUCACAAUCCUGAACCGCCACAAAAUGUGUACCUUACAGGUGACGAGGUGGAUGAGGCAUCCUUGGCCAAUGUCGUAUUGGGACAGUUUGAAAAGGUGCAGCGCAGCAAAAGCAAGUGGAAAGUGGUGCUCAAGGACUGCAUACUCACGCUCAACGGUCGGGACUACCUUGUGCGCCGCUGCACCGGCGAGAUGGACUUUUGA